AUCUUUUCCUGUUUUUGAAAUUGUUAGUCACGUUCUCGGCUUUUCCAAAAUUUGCAUUUGUCGGCUCAUUACUCUAGAGGAAACCUUUACUUACGCAAUUUCGUUUUGAUAAAGAUUUUCAAAUUUUUUAUUUUAAAAGCUCAAAUUAUUCCUUGAAAAGCUGCCAUUUUAAUGUGUUAUUUGUUUUUGCAAUGUCGAACGUCGUAUUCCCCAGAGUGAACCGACAAAACCGAAAUGAUGCUCUUAUCCAGCAUAAAAUUAAACCCUGUUUUCUGAUUCCCAAGGAAAAAGAAUAUCAUCCCCAUUCUCCUUGCACAACAUGCUUUCCAUCGGCUUCUAAUUCAGACACUUGUGCUUAUGAAGAACUAGGUGUGAGAAACCUGCUGACGGCUGUUCAGCCACCUAGAAAAUGCUUGGUUUCACUCCAUCGUAUUUUGCUACAAAAUUUUAAAACCCUUCAAGUCCAUUGGGGUCAGCUUGAACAGUUAGAUCAAAUGAAAGUUCCUAAACUAUAUGUUGGAAUUUGUCAUGGCAAGUGGGAUGCACAAAUUUUAGGAUACACCCUUGCUGUUGGGCUUCAUGAGCCCAUACAGUUUUUGGAACAAUAUGAUCCAAACAAUUUGAUUGCAGAAAUUACUGCUCCUCAUCAAGAGCCAAUUGGUGCAGCCUGUAAAGUAUUAUUCAUAGACAGUGAAAAUUCAGACAUCCAUUUGGAGGCCAUUAAAAAUUCAAUUAUCAGCAAUCAACAACUUGAUAUGUUAUUGGUCCCAAUCUCCAUUUGCUAUGAGUUGCCACCUGAUUGUAUAUCAUCACAAGUUUUAGAUAAUCACAUGGCGCGCAGUGGAUGGAAACCUAACAUUCGAAUUAGUUUUGCGCUGCCGCAUUCGUUUAAGGACUAUAUUUGCAAGAAUCAAGGUCAAAGCAGUAUGAUCCCGCAUUUAAAACAACAUUUACGGCAUGAAAUUUGGAAAAACACCCCAAUCAUGAGUGUCCAUGUUCUCUCAAUGAUAUUGCAAUACCGUAUUGAGGCCAGGAAUCCCGAAUUAUCUACUUGUAUGCGAUUGAUGAAUGAAUUCCAGAAAAGAUAUCGCCAGCACCGUGAUCUGGCAUUCGUUGGAGAACUUGAUCAUAUCACCCAAUAUAGUUCCAAGGUUUUAUCCAUUGGAGGGGUCGUUCCUUUUGCUUCCGUUGCAGUAGACGUGAUGAAACUUGAAUCCCUCAUGAUGAAGAGUUUGUUUUCUGUGAUGCACUUGAUGCAAGUCGAUUUACACUCGGAUACCUGUCGAGUGAGUCAGACAGCAUUACUAGAAAACUACAGGAAAAUGGUUGGGAUUUUACGCUAUGAAAUCGAUUUCAUCACUCCACCGUGUUUGCCAGCUUCCGUUGUUGAGAAGCAAGUGCUAGACUACUUAAUAGAUAAUCAAGUGCUCUCUCAACAAUCAGACGAGCCAAACUCGAGUGAGCAGCAAAUGGCGAAGAGAAUAGCUUACCAUUUGGAUGUAGACUCUGACGAAGAGGAACAUUGGGCAGACAGACCUGCCAUCGAAACGUUUCUUUACGUCAACAUUGGUAACGCUCUGUCGCAUAAAUGGAUUACCAAAAUCGCCACUAAACUGUUGAACAUAUACUAUGUUGGAGCUAAACAACUUUUGGAGCUUCGUAAAAUGGACGUAAUGGAAGAAAAAAUGUUUGUCAAACGAGUUUUGGAAGCCCAAGAAGGAGAAUCAAGUGGGUUCUCAUUGGGUGACGCAGAAGCUACUGUUCGGAAUGCGUUAAAGGUCUUUGAAAACGAAGGCAUCAUCGAAUUUUACAGCCACUCAAAUAUUAAGAUCCUGUAUUUGAAAGAUCCGUUCAACGAUGACAAUCUCUGGCGAUUUAUUAAUAGCAUUGCAGAGCACUGUUAGUUACUGUGCAUCUUUGGAAACAGUAAGAAAACGGGGCGAAUUUUCUCGUUUACCAAAAUUCCCUAUGCAGGUGUGUCAAUCUUAUGAGAAUAAUCCUCUCUAAUUCCGCACCCAUAUUGUCAUUUUUCAUUUAAUUAGCAGAUGUUUUUCUAAUAUUUUAUUGGAACUAUCGCUGCGCAAGGCUGAUGAAGAUAUCGAAUAAAAGAAAACGGUAAA